UCUUAACUGUGGUUAAAUAGCGAAGCACCCUUGAGCAGAAGAUCUAAGAUCAGAAAGCUUUACCGACAAUGUUUGAUUUGAGGACUGACCCGUUACGGAUAAAACUGUAGAGGACGAUUGGUGGGAAAUUUGGAUGGCGGAAAGAUCCCCGAGCGAAGAGCGACAUCAAUAAUUUACAAUAUAAUUUACAGACCAUGAACUAUGUGGGUCAGUUGGCGGGCCAGGUCUUCGUGCAGGUCAAGGAGCUGUACAAGGGACUCAACCCUGCAACACUGUCUGGAUGUAUAGACGUCAUCGUGGUCAGGCAGCCUGAUGGCUCCCUGCAGUGCUCCCCCUUCCACGUCCGCUUCGGAAAGAUGGGUGUGCUGCGGUCCCGUGAGAAAGUGGUGGACAUAGAGAUUAAUGGAGAGCCAGUGAGUUUGCACAUGAAGCUGGGAGAGAAUGGAGAGGCCUUCUUUGUUGAAGAGACUGAGAACACACGGGAAAUAGUUCCAUCCUACCUUGCAACGUCACCCAUCAUGUCAAUUGGGGAGCAGUUAAUGGAGUCCCAGUUGGGCAGGGGCAGUUCUCGUCACCAUGACGCCAUCCCCUGCAGCUCACUUCCUGUCCAGACUCUGGGACCGCAGCAGAGUGAUGGUGGGACGACAAAGAAGAGGAGGAAAAGGAGGAGGAAGGCACGGCCAGAGGAAGGCAGUGGUGGAGGGAGGAGAGAGGAGAGUGGGGAAGAAUUCUCAGAGGACGAGGACAUGUUUACUAUUGACUUGAGCUCGGAUGAGGAGAGAGAGGUUGACGGCAGCAGGUCUGUGUAUGGUGAUCAGGGGUCUACAGCUAACACGCGCACACACCCCAGCACUGAUUGGAUCCGUUCACAGAGUAAUGUGAUUAAGGAGACUCUCUCCAUACCUCCACUCUGUGGACUGUCCAUCUCUUGUCCUCAGCAGACCUCUCACCUCUCUUCCCCUGUUAGCAGCCCCAACGAUUCAAGGCCAUCAACACCUAAGAGUGACUCAGAGCUAACCACUCAGAACAAAGACAAUCCUGAGAUGCUGUGGACCUGGGGGGAGCUGCCACAGGCUGCCCUGCCAUCCUUCCUGACUUCCCACCAGAAGCAGGAACCUGCCACAGCAGUCUCCAUCCCGGUGUCUGCCAGCACUCACUUCAGAGCCAUCAGGGACACUGGACCCCCCUCCCACACUCACUAUGCUCCCCAGCCGGUGCAAGUCGCUGCUGAUGGUGGGGACAAGGACGAUGAAGAAAAGAAAAAUGAAGCUAGGGUCGGACUAACCACUGACACUGGGGACAGGGCUAGAGAUGAGCAAGGGAGAGAGGUGGAAAGGCCAUUGUUUGCAGAGAUGGACGGCUUAACAGCCUGCUCAGCAUCUCCCAGGAUUCUCCAUGAUCAUCUUGAUGAAGGCGGCAACAGAGGGAGUCCUAUCAGAAGAACUGAUUCACCAUCCAAGAAGAAAGAAAAGAGAAGUCAACACCUGGGUGCUGAUGGCAUAUACCUCGAUGACAUUACAGAGCUGGAGCCUGAAGUAGCUGCCCUUUACUUCCCUAAAAGUGAUGGAGGCAGUAGCUCAAUGAGGGGGGACUCAGAGAUGAUGAUGAUGGGAGUGCGGAGCGUUAAUCAGUCCCCACAGUCAGUGGGCAGCAGUGGGAUGGACAGUGGUGUAGACAGUUUGUCCGACCAAAUAGGGGACCUGCCUCAUGUUGCCAUCUCUUUGUGCGGUGGACUUACUGACAACAGGGAGAUCACUAGAGAGCAGUUCCAGGAGAGGGCAAUAUCCUACCAGCAGUUCUCUGAAAACCCUUCUAUGAUCGAUGACCCUAACCUGGUGGUCAAGAUAGGAAACAAGUACUACAACUGGAACACAGCAGCUCCUGUCAUGCUGGCUAUGCAGGUCUAUCAGAAACCACUUCCACAGGCCUCAGUGGAGAACAUCAUGAAGGAGAAGAUGCCAAAGAAAGGAGGACGCUGGUGGUUUUCAUGGAGGAGCAGGAACAGCGAGUCCAAAUCAGAAUCAGUGACAGAGGCAGGAGAAGACAGAGGAGAGAUGCCCUCAGUGAACAGGAUGAAGGAUGAGUCAUCCUCUAGUGAUGAGGAGAACAGAUCGCCCAAUCAGGCAUCAGGAUCCUGUCAGUCAGAGCCCCUCGUGAGUUCUGGCAGUGUCUGUUAUAAGAAGACUCUUCGGCUCACCCCAGAGCAACUGGCUAGCCUGCAGCUGAAGGAGGGUCCCAAUGAUGUAGUGUUCAGCGUGACCACUCAGUAUCAAGGCACCUGUCGCUGCCAUGGCACAAUCUAUCUUUGGAGCUGGGAUGACAAGAUAGUCAUCUCUGAUAUAGAUGGAACCAUCACCAGGUCAGAUACCCUGGGUCACAUCCUCCCCACACUGGGUAAAGACUGGACACAUCAGGGCAUCGCACGGCUCUACCACAAAGUCAGCCAGAAUGGAUAUAAGUUCAUGUACUGCUCGGCGAGGGCCAUUGGCAUGGCUGAUAUGACUCGAGGCUACCUGCACUGGGUCAAUGAGAGGGGAACCAUGCUGCCAAUUGGCCCGGUGCUGCUCAGCCCUAGCAGUCUUUUUUCUGCAUUGCACAGGGAGGUGAUUGAGAAGAAACCAGAGAAGUUUAAGGUCGAGUGUCUCACAGACAUAAAGCACCUUUUCUACCCAAACACUGAACCUUUCUACGCUGCUUUUGGCAACCGAGCUACGGAUGUGUAUUCCUAUAAGGAGGUGGGUGUUCCUCUGAACAGGAUUUUCACUGUCAAUCCCAAGGGGGAGCUGACACAGGAACACGCUAAAACCAGUAUCUCCUCCUUUGGGGGUCUGUGCGAGGUGGUCGACCAUGUCUUCCCGGUCCUAGCUAGAGAUGAGGGAGCGGACUUCUCCUGCUCUGACACCUUUGGCCAAUGCAACUAUUGGAGCACACAACUUCCUGAUAGCACCAACCAGGAAGAAGAAGACCCACAGCCACUUGAGACAAGCUGAGUAAACCCCAUCAAAUCCAGCACUGAGGAUGUUACGUUCCAGCUUUUCGAAGCAACCGCAGACACAACGCUGUGGUCAGUGGUUUUGGUGAUUCAGCGCGAAGGUGGCUGCCCAGACCAAGAGUGAAGAUGCUGAUUACUUUAGAAUCACAAACUUAUCCAAGAACUGUAUGGAUAUUUCCCGGACAUUAUACCUGAUAAAUUAAUGGAGCUCCGUGGCUCCUUCAAGGCUCAAAGACUUUACUUAAGAUCAGUAACUACGACUACUGAUUCAAAGUAGAUGAAUGUGUUUUCAAUAUCCCACAUAAAGAAAUUAUUCAACAGUGAGAACACAAGCAGAUAACAGUCCAUUACAAAUAAGACAGCUGUGUCGGGGAAUAAAACUUCUUCUUUUUUUUUUUUUUUAUAAAAAGCGCAAAAAUCCCUGAUGAAUUUCAACAUCUGCUUAGGAGUGAUGCUAACUGAUUGUUCUGUCGUAGGAGUGCUCAACACAGGGUCAACGACUCACAUAUCACACAUUUGCAAGUGCAAUGACUCACACGCAAACACACACACACAAAAGUAAGACUUGCAAAGGAAGUCCAUAGACAAUGCACAACGCUGCAGAACACAAGGAUGAUAUCCUUCACAGCAUUUUUGACUUGUUACAUUUCUCUACUUCAUCUCACACCGCUCUUCAUUUAUACUGGUGGAUAGAAAAGAUCAGUAUUGGUUUAUGCCUACUUGUAUCCGCUGAUGCUGAUUAUUUUUCAGAAUUCUUUGCAAAAACUGUGUUUUAGUCUAUCUAAAAAUAAUGAACUGUCCAGAUUUGACCUAAGCCUUUUAGUGAAGUGCACUAAAAUGUAAGGUCUCACCAUUUAAAUUAAAUAACAAAUGAAUUAGCAGAAAUUCUGCUGUACCUCGCAGACAUUCAGUGCUAGCAGCUCUUGUCUGCACAACUGGCUUCCACAAUUAAAACAAAAAUUUGUUUGGUUUUCAAAUCUGAAAUCAGCCAAAUCUUGUUUAGGAAAGAAUACUGGAUUUUUUACCCAUCACAUGCAAUAUAUUUACCAAAUAUAAGUAGAGCCUCGGUGAAAGUUUUACCUGCUACGAGAGUAGAUACAGGACACCACUUUGCACCAGAAACACCACAUUACAUUACAGUCAAAUCAUCCAGAAUAUGCAAAAAUAGCACAGAUAGUGUAUCCAGUCAUCUUUUGUGCCAAACUCCUUUGAAGGUCAAGCUAAAUGUGUGUGGUCUUCUGACCGUACUACUGUGAAAGAUGUGGUUCUGCCAUAUUUUAGUGACAAGACUCAAGAUAAAUGCGGGAUAAUGCAAAUAACUUCCGUCUGUGUUCAUUCUGUCUGUUUUUAUAUGUGCAAAAAAAUGAACUCCAGUGAUAUGCUAGAAUGUAGUAUCUACAUCUCUCAGAGUGUUGUAUGUUGUUCUAAUGACUAAUGCUCAUCAAUGCAAUUACUGAAUAAGACCACACAGGACUUUGGUCAUAUUUUCAGUUUUCUAAGUUUGUUACUACACAGAUCAGUAGACACACUUUUUUCAUUUAUUUUAAAUGUUUAUGUUUUCAUCCGUUGAUCAAAUAACAUCUACUCUACUGUACUGUAUUAAUGCAAGAUGAAAGCUUGUCUGUCUAUUUUUAACAAGUUUUAAUUAAAAAUCAUUUAAAAUGGGGGAAACCACUUUAAAUUAUUAUUAUUAUUAUUAGUAGUAGUAGUAGUAGUAGUAGUAGUAUUAACAUGAAGUUAAUUGUAAAAAAAUAAAAAUAAAUAAAGCUCUGCUAAUAUGUUGAGAGAUGAAAUAUUGUCCAAAAUACUUUGCUACUGGUGCUCAUUCAAAUGCACUUGCAGUCAUUUUAUGCUUUACUGUAACUGUCUUUUUAAACCGGCUGCCUGCUGUUGUACUCAAAGGCGGCAGUUUCAACAUGUGAUCACUAAAGCAAUACGUAGAUCAACAUGCAGUACUAUGGGUGCAUUAAUUACCUCUUUCCUGCUGUUAAUCCUACAUCAUUUUGUUUUAUUUGAUGCCUCUGGUUUAUCAUGGGCAUCACUAUGGCUAGUUACAUGAAGUGCAAACUACAGUGUGUUUGAAAAUACUUGUGCUUCUUGCAACAUACAGAAAAGUACUAUCAACCCACAUAAAACCUCCUGUUAAUUAAUUAUGUUAAUUGGACAGAUGAAAAUAGCUUUGAAUGUCUGACAGCUUCAAGAAACGGAAAUAUGUUCCUACUGCCUUCCUGAUUUCAAAUCAUCUGGAAAAACACUGGAUUUAAGUUAGAAUGUUUGUGCUGAUAUUAAUGUUAUUUUUUUUUAUUAAUUAAUUUAAAAAAAUUAAAAAUUUAAAUUAAUUAAUUUAAAAAAGUGAAAUCAAAAUGGCAGAAUAUUGUGGAGUCCUCUGAUUGAUUGUGACUGAGUGUAUCAUACUGUUAUAUAUGUUGUGUAUAGGAUAGAUACGUCUGAUGCUGUACUUUGAUUGACUUUGCUUAAAGGAAAACUAGGAAUCCGGAAUUAACCUUUAAUCGGAUCUAAAACUGUUGAUGUUCACAUGCCUUUGGGGAGUCCAGUGUAAUCUGUGUAAGAGGAAGAGACGCAAAGGACGCAUGCUGUUGUAAUGUUAAGAUGUAUGUGGAUGUCAUGAUCACUGAAAAUUGCUUAAGUAUUCUUAUUAGUGCGUCAAAAGUGCUGACAUGUCAAGUUGUAAUGAUUUAGCCCAAAAGCCCACUCGGAUCUGUGUGAGGUCAGUGUCACUUCAUUUGAUAAUUGAUAUAUUAAUUAUUUCCAGAUUUUAUUUAAAUAUGGAAGUUAAAGAAUAAAAAGAAGAAAUUUUUUCUUUUAAAUGCAAUGCUCUUCCCAGUACAUCAUCUUUUUGAUGAUUAUCACCUAAUUCUUUCUGUGAAAGAUCUAUUAGAACUCUUGACCAGUUAUCCAGUCUGUCUCUCUGUUGACAUGGAUGUUGAUCCAGUUUGCUGUCCCGUGUAACGAUUAUGUUUUGGGCACUAAGCAGCAUCCUAACAAGCAGUGUGUAGUGCAGGUUUGUUAACAAUGCAGUUUGAAUUAAUCUGUACAAGACACAUUUUAUAAUAAACUCAAAGGUUAUUACUAC